AAACAACAAGAGCCUCCUGCGGCUGAAGCCGGAGGUCCCAUUCAGCGCGGCCUUGAGCAACUCCACCCACGCCUCCAUUCACACUGCAACCUCGACUGCUCUACCCACCUUGCUAUCAUGGCGCAACAAAUGUCACCUCCGCCUGCGAUGCUCGCACACCAACCGCAACAGCCUCGUGUUUCAUUCUCUCCGAUGCCUGCGCAAUCGCCGCCCGCGCCGCCUGGGUCGAUGGGACCUCCACAACGACCCGCUGAUCGUGCUGGUGGUGGAACUCGGGGGAAGGCGACUGAUAUUAACGACUUGAGUGAUGCCGUCACCGCUGCUGGGAUCGAUGUUGCGAACGAGGAAAGCUAUCUGAAUGAGAUCUACCACAACCGGCAAGGCACUGCGUCGUUCUCUACGUCAUUUAACUCGCAAACGUCUUCCACCAUAUCCCCCGACACCAGCUUCGGUGCAUGGACUCAAGGUGGAUCGGGUGCAUUUCAAGGCUCAGGCCCAACCAGUCAACCUGCAAAAUCACCAGAAGACGUAGAGAAGGAAUUUCUGGAAAAGAAAAGACGCGCGGCCGAGAUACUGGGCGAACAGCGUUCACAUCAUCUCAACGACCCUUUCUUGCUGGGGAACUGUGUCCAACGAAGAAUACGGCGAAAAGCAUACGACCACGGAGUCAAAAUCAACCUUGAUGGGCUUUUUGAGAAGAUUUCUGAAGAGCAACCCUCGCGAGGGGUACAGGCCACCAUGCAUUCGAACGGUUCUGAUGUCAACGGUAUCGUCGCUGUAAAAGCUCACAGUCUUCUGAAUGAUAACACCCCAUUGGUAGACAUUCUUACUCUUGUCUCGUUGGCGACUCAGGAGCGCCUUCGAGGUUUAUUAGAGGAAGCUCAUGGCAUAGCGCGAAAUCGACAGUUGACCUCUCACGGAAUCGUUCCACCAGAGUUUGCAUCUUUGGCGGUUGGCACUGGCAAGCCACGAGACACAUCGGUGUCCCCGCAAUUACUUUCUGGAACAGCGUGGGACCAGCCUCCUAGCGCUGCGAGUCCCACGGCUAACCCCCUCAAACGGCCUCAUCAAAACUCUGCAAGCCUCCCGACUCCUCCCAAUGACAGUCCUUCAACCCCGCAGAAGACAAUAGUCUUUCCAAACUCUCUCAUCGACUCUCUACGUUUGAUCGCCAAGAAUGACCGCAAAUACGAAGAAGAGCGACUCGCAAAGCGCGCAAAGCGUAGGAAGCUUGCAAAGCCCGCCGAUGGUACAAGUUCUCCAACUGUCGCCGAAGCUACCGCCGUAGCAGAUGCCGUAGCCAUCAACACGAAGCUUACGAAGAAGGAGCGCGACAAACUAGCAAAGUCCAAUCAGACAGAAGAGGUCCUUCACCGAGAAGCGAACAAGACUGCGAGCCUCGCCAUGGGUGGUAUGGGAAAGAAGUAUUCAUGGAUGUCAGGAGGUGCGAAAGGUGGAAGUGGAGCCAAUACACCCAAAGUCAACACCGCCGUUCCUCGCCCUGGUUCAGCAAAACCUGCAGAGAAGGGCGUGCAAGGAAGAAAUCGCGCAUAUGGAGAUUUCCGCGAAGACAGAGACAGAGGAAUACAGAUGAGAGACCUGCUGGCAGUGCUGGAGGCAGAUGGAAGAGAGAGGAGGGCGGUAGUGAGAGGCUACACGACACGGAUGAAAGGAUCCAAUACCGCAUAAGCAUUGAUCUGGAUACGGCGUUUACUUCAUAUGGGUUUCUCGAACAUCGUUCGAUCGGGUUGAGUCUUCCGAGGUAGAACAAGAAUGUGUUGCGGCCUUUGCAUUA